CUCAGUCCCAGCCGCAGUCUUCGGUGGCCUCGCCGAUGCCUGCCUUGGUGGAGAACUGGAGUGGAAAGCGGAAGCUCUAUGCCAUCGAUGAGCGCGAAGAGAGCUCGCCGGUGACUGUGGGCGAGGUGGAGGCGGAGACGGCCUAUGAUGCGGAUGUGGACGAGUUGGAGCAGCCCGUGGGUCAGCGUGAGAUCAUCUACGAGCUGUUCCAGCCCUGGGCCCUCUCCACCUACGGCGAUCAGGCAAAGACCAAGACGAUAACGCUGCGCAAGAAGGCGCGCAUUCUCAAGGCGCUGGAAGGCAAGGAGCACAGUCGCCCGGAUAGCUCAAAAUUUCGCUUCUGGGUGAAGACAAAGGGUUUCACCACAAAUCGUCCCGACGGCUAUGAAGAGGCUGCCGGCAGUCGACGACGCCUGAAGCCUCUUCCCAUUUCCGCAGUUCUCUCGGACAAUCCUGGCGAUGUGGAUCUUUUCGCCGCAUCGACCAGCAAGGGAUUCGGUCGUCGGAUCUACCGCAAGGUGGCCUGUGUAGAGGAGUUCUUCGACAUCAUCUAUAACGUGCACAUGGAGCUGGGCGGACGCAGUGGGAUGCAUGCUGGCCAAAAGCGCACCUACCGAAUUAUAACGGAGACCUACGCUUUCCUGCCCCGCGAGGCGGUCACCCGCUUCCUUACCAUCUGCCCCGAGUGCAAGAAGAACCUCAGACCCUCCUCGCCGACGGGGGGAUGCAAGGACUCAGAGCUGGCCGGCAAUGAGAGCUCCUCGGAAGUGGAGAACUAUCUGAAUUAUUCAUCGCACACGGAGAGCUCCUUGGAGGCGGGACCCACGGCCAAGCGGCGGCGCCACUCAAGUGCCGAUCUCAAGGGUUCAGUGCCCGUGGCCGGGGUGGGCGUUGGCGCCGCUGCCAGCAGUGCCAGUGCCACACAACUCGAUGUUCUCGGAGCCCCUCCACCCAGUCCCACCGCGAUACAACCCCGCGCCCUGGCGGCUGUCGAGACCACUCCGGUUAGCGUGCCCAAGAUACGGGUCAAGACACAGUUGCAGCGUCCGUUGAGUCCACCGGGGGGAGUUCCAAUCACAGGGCCCGGUGUUUCAGCUUCCGAGUUGCCCACCCCCAACCAGGGACAGCCCCAGAGCUUCAACAUGCAGCUUCUCAAGUCGCGGGAUAAUCUCCUCAAGUACUACGACUUUAUGCGACGCUUCUAUGCCGGUGGCUCGGUGCUUCAUGAACCGGUCCUAGCGCCGCCCCUCUACGGCAGCAGCCUACUGCAAAGCCUCAGCUAUCCAACCACCAACACGACAAGCAGCACUACUACGCCAACCCCUUCUACUACCCCUAGCUCGGCACCUCCCAGGGCAUCCUCCCCAGUGCCGACGACGACUCCGUCCGCUUCCUUUACCACCUUCAAGACCUCCCCAGAUAGUUUGUCUCGGGCACGCUCACCGAUACCGAUGGCCUCGGUAGCCACGCCUUCCGAUCCCCAAGUGUCCCAUACGCCGAUCAAUUUAACGAAAUCUCUAUUUUGCAGCCCGAAGAACGGGAGUCCUGCCUCGACCUCGACACCAGUUGCCGUGCAGGCCCCGCUCAAGUUGGAGCUACCCAGUCCGCCCAGGUCGUUGCCAGAGCUUCGCAUUCCCCAGAUACGUGGCAUGCCGCAUGUGGAGCUGUCCUUGCCGCUGCCUCCACUCGACUUGGAACGACUGAAGCCCAUUACCUCCACGUACUUGCAGUUGACACGCAGCAUGGGACUGAGCGACGAAGAUGCCUUGCGCUUUGAUAACCUGGAAACCAUACCAGCAACACCGGCCACGAACACCGACACAACCAGCACGGUGGUCGGUGUGGGCGGCGGCGUCGGCGCAGGUCUCGCUGGAGGAGGAGCAGGUGGCGGUGGAGGCCUCCUUGGCACCGGCGGGAUCCUCGGCGAAGUCGUCAGCGGCCUGGGCGGAGGAGGCGGCAGCGAGUCGGAGGCCUAUGCGGGCCUAAUGAAGGACGCAGACAAGCUGAAGCUGAUGCUCCUGGCUUGGAACUACCAGAACUCGACGGCGGUGCGUAACGGGACCGAAGGGCCAGACCUCAGUGUUGUGGGUGGGCUGUGGGCCCAGUACCAGAACGCGCUCGCCCAGAAUGCGGCUGCAGCCGCGGCGGCCAGUGCCAAGAUGGACAGCUCGCUGUCCCCAGUGCCCCGACAGGACACACACUCGCCCAUGGAGACGCAGGACGAGACAAACUCCUCCGGGCAGAAGGAGGAGGAUGAGGUUUCCGAAGACGACUCCGAUGACAAGCUGGACGAGAAGCUGGCCACCACACACGAUCCCGAGCGCCUCAAGGCCUUCAAUAUGUUUGUGCGGCUCUUUGUGGACGAGAACCUGGACCGCAUCAUCCCCAUCUCGAAGCAGCCAAAGGAGAAGAUCCAAGCCAUCAUCGAUUCGUGUGCUCGACAGUUCCCCGAGUUCAGCGACCGCUCCCGCAAACGCAUCCGCACCUAUCUCAAGUCGUGCAGACGCAAUAAGAAGACCCGCGACGGAUGGGAGAAUACGACCAGACCAACCCCUGCACAUCUCACGUCCGUGCAGGCGGAACAAAUCCUGGCCAUUGCCUGCGAGAACGAAUCGAUGAAUGCCAAGAGGAUGCGCAUCGGCCUGGAGCCCAUCACCCACGCGGUGCCGGCUCCGGGUAGCGCCGUUGCGGCAGCGGCUGCGGCAGCUGCGGCUGCUGCCGUUGUGGCUGCUACCAGCUCUGGUGCCGGCGGAACGAGCACCACGUCCGCGGGCAAUGCCACCGUCACCUGCGGAGGAGCAGGAGUCGCGGAUGCCACCGGCCUCACAAAUGUGGCGGCCGCUGCUCUGCCCUUUGUCAGCGCCGUGGGCUUUGCCCGCUCCACACCGAACUCGGAGCAUGCGGAGGCGCUGCCCUUCGGUGGGGCAAGCAAUGUGGGUGGGAGUGCGGGAGGCGGCAGUACCAGUGGAGCGGAGAGCAACUGUUCAGCGCGCAGCUCUCCAUUGGCCCUCAGCUCGAAUGCCAGCGUGAGCGGCGGGGCAAGCGUGACCGGCCUGACACUGGCCAAUGGGGCUGUGGCCUCGAAUGGGGCUGGCCUCCCGCCCACCAGCUACCCCGGCUACUUUCCCGGGGUGGCUUCCCUGGGUAAUGUGACGCCCACCGAUCUCUCGAUGAAACCGACCUCCCUGGGCUCCGGUGUCAGCGGCAACCUUCUCAGCAGCAACAACGGAAAUAUCUCCGUGGGCGGCGCCAUCAACUCCCAGCUGAGUGCCGCCAACCUGGCCACCCUAAGCAACGCCAACACCAAUAGCGCUCUGGUGACCGCAACCCAGCAACUGCAGCAGCUCCAACAGCAACAGCAACAACAACAGCAGCAGCAACAGCAACAACAACAGCAGCAGCAGCAACAACAGCAGCAGCAGCAACAGCUCCUGGCCAGCUCCGGGGGCGGUCUCGAUGGGCAAUCCUCCCGAGCGCCGCCUAUUCUUCCGCACAAGCUGAGUCCCAACGAGGUGUCCGCAGCCCGCCAGGUGAUAUCCGCAUACCGUGAGAGCGCGGCCUUUCUCCUGCGCACCGCCGACCAGGUGGAGCAGCUGCUGGUCCAGCAGCAGUAGGCGUGGCCGGGGGCGCACUCAAAUUUCCAGGACCCAAGCGAUGCCAGGCGCGCACGGGUUGUUCCUAUUUAAAAUUAAAUUUAAAUUCAAUUACACAAAAAACUGACCCACUCACCCCACACACUCUCGCGCCAAACUAAACGAAAUAGUCAAAGCAUAGAGCAAAACGAAGGAGCAACACAGGAGUAGAAGGAAGAGGAUCAGGAGAACAGGAGAGCAGGAAAUAGCCAAAGGAAGUUCGUUUAAACAAAACAUUUUAAGUGUUUUUUCCUCCAACUACGUACAGAAUAUUAAAAUAGAAUUAAACGAUAAACAAAAACCAAAACAAAUAUUGAAAAUAUCACAACAGUAAAAAUAGCAGAGCUGCUCCA